AUGGCGGGCCAGCCGCCCUUCACCCUCUCGCGCGCCACAGAGGCCGACAUGCCAGAGGUGAUCAGGCUCUGCUGGCUGUCCUUCCCGCAGAUCAUCCGGGACCUCCUCAUGGGCUGCCCGACCGAGGACGACCUGCCGCGCUCGGUGGCGCGCUACCAGGAGGAGAUGCGCGCCGACCCACACGCCCUGUGGAUCAAGGUCGUUGACAACGCCACGGGCAGGAUCGCCGCCGCCAGCCACUGGAGGAUCUUCCCCGGCGCGUCGGCGCCGGCGGGUGCAGAUGAGGACACGCCGCCUCCCUGGCUGGACGAUGAGAGCCGCGUGAAGGCGCAGGGGAUCCUGGCCGAGAUGACCGAGGCGAGGGUGAAGGCUAACCCCGACGGAUAUGUUCACCUGCAUAUCUUGUUUACGGACACCGAUUUCCGUCGGCAGGGGGCUGGCGAUAUGAUGCUGCAAUGGGGUACCGACGUUGCGGAUGUUCUUGCGGUUGCCGGCUGGGUAGAGGCUUCGAAGGACGGCACGAUCCUGUAUGAACGCCACGGCUUCAAGGUCGUCGGCUACCAGUCGAGCGGAGGGACUUUCAUGAGGAGGGAGCCUAAUCACCUCGCAAAGGCCGGCGGUCGGGUGAAGGCAUGA